AUGCUGUUGGCUGUCCCCCCUCUCCUGAUGCUGUUGUCUGUGCCCCCUCUCCUGAUGCUGUUGUCUGUGCCCCCUCUCCUGAUGCUGUUGUCUGUGCCCCCUCUCCUGAUGCUGUUGUCUGUGCCCCCUCUCCUGAUGCUGUUGUCUGUGCCCCCUCUCCUGAUGCUGUUGUCUGUGCCCCCUCUCCUGAUGCUGUUGUCUGUGCCCCCUCCCCCCUCUCCUGGUGCUGUUGGCUGUGCCCCCUCUCCUGAUGCUGUUGGCUGUGCCCCCUCUCCUGAUACUGUUGUCUGUGCCCCCUCUCCUGAUACUGUUGUCUGUGCCCCCUCUCCUGAUGCUGUUGUCUGUGCCCCCUCUCCUGAUGAUGUGGUCUGUGUCCCCUCUCCUGAUGCUGUUGUCUGUGCCCCCUCUCCUGAUACUGUUGUCUGUGCCCCCUCUCCUGAUGCUGUUGUAUGUGCCCCCUCUCCUGAUGCUGUUGUCUGUGCCCCCUCUCCUGAUACUGUUGUCUGUGCCCCCUCUCCUGAUGCUGUUGUCUGUGUCCCCUCUCCUGAUGCUAUUGUCUGUGCCCCCUCUCCUGAUGCUGUUGGCUGUGCCCCCUCUCCUGAUGCUGUUGGCUGUGCCCCCUCUCCUGAUGCUGUUGGCUGUGCCCCCCUCUCCUGA